AUGUCCAAGCUUGUCGUUAUCACCGGUGCCACUGGUCUUCAGGGGGGCAGUGUUCUCAAGUCGCUGCAUGAGGCAGGAGGGUACAAGCUCCGCGCCAUCACGCGCAAUACUUUGAGCGAAAAGGCCAAGAGCCUGCAGAGCAAGUACCCAGACGUUGAGUGGGUUUCUGCCGAACUUGAUGACUACGCGUCGUUGGUUAAGGCGUUUCAGGGCGCGGACAUCGUGUUCGGUGUGACUUCGAUGUACAUUCCAAAGGAUAAAGACGAGAUCAAGGGAGGACACUCUGGCACCGAAUACAAACAGGGAAAGAACAUGGUUGACGCAGCAAUUGAGGCCAAGGUCGGCAGCUAUCCGGUGGCAAAGUACACUGGUGUGUUGCACUUUGAGGACAAGCACAAGGUUGAGGAGUAUCUGACGAGCAAGUCUGACAAGAUCAAACCGUUCUUCAUCUACCUCGGGUUCUAUAUGGAGAACUACGUCACCUUUUCGCGUAUCUCGCCCGAAGACAACAAGACCGUUGAAUUUACAAUGGCACUCAAGCCCACGACCAUGAUGCCGCUUCACCCAGAGGAGUGCAUCUGCCGCUCGCUCGAAGUCAGCGGUGGUUACUACGAGGCGCAACACAUGGCCAAGGUAUUUACUGAGGUUACUGGUAGGCCGUCGCGUUAUGUGGAAAUCCCUUAUGAGGCACUGGGCCCAGAGCAACUCGUCCAAAUGUUCAAGGGGUUCGACGACUUUGGCAUGUUUGGAGGCAGGACUGACUUUUUGAACCGUGACUAUCAAACCGAGAGAAAGUUCACAUCACCUGCCGACUUCUGGAAAACCCGCGGAUGGAGCGGCCCUGCUGCCUAGCCACUUUCUAAGUCUAGAUCACUCUAUUAUAUAAGGUCUCAUAGUACCUAAUAGCUGU